AUGAGGAACAAAACCACUCAGAUUCUUGUCUUGUUCCAUUUAUUUUUAACAUGUUUUAUUGAUCAGAGUUCUGGAAAGAAGCAAAAUGAAGCCCUUUCCCACUUAUACAAUGAAAAGUUUUGGAAAAAUACAGGAGCCAUUGAUAGAAGCCAAUUCAGUGCAAGUAGUUAUAUUAAUGGAGAAGAAAUUCAUCUUCAAAAAGGGACGAAAAAGAGGGAUAGGAUUAGGAGAUUGCCUGGACAGCCACAAGUUGGAUUCAGACAGUACGGGGGAUACAUUACAGUGAAUAAAACGGCUGGUCGAGCAUUUUAUUAUUAUUUCGCAGAGGCUGACGAGCAUUUGAGGAAGUCAUUGCCUCUUCUUCUUUGGCUUAAUGGAGGCCCUGGUUGUUCUUCGCUUGGAUAUGGAGCAUUGCAAGAGAUUGGACCAUUUCGAGUUAACAGUGAUGGAAAAACGCUGAACAAAAACAAAUUUGCAUGGAACCAUGCUGCAAAUAUGUUAUUUUUGGAGUCUCCAGCUGGGGUAGGAUUUUCAUAUUCAAACACGACAACGGAUAUCGUUAAAGGUGGAGAUAGAAGAACAGCCAUUGAUAAUUAUAUCUUUCUACUUAAUUGGCUCGAGAGAUUUCCAGAGUAUAAAAAUCGAAACUUCUAUAUUUCUGGAGAGAGUUAUGCUGGUCAUUUUGUACCACAGCUAGCACAUACAAUCCUUCAUCACAAUAAGAAAGCCAACAGGACAAUUAUCAAUCUCAAAGGAAUCAUAAUUGGAAAUGCUGUGAUAAACUAUGAGACAGACACGAAGGGAAUGUAUGAAUAUUAUGCAACUCAUGCUCUAAUCUCGGAUCAAACAUUGUACCAAAUUCAAAAAUUCUGCAAUUUUUCCACGAAGCCUUUAAAUCAAUCAGAUGAAUGCAAUGAAGCUCUUGAUGAAGCUGACGCAGAUACGGACGGCCUUGAUGUAUACAACAUCUAUGCUUCUUUAUGCCCUGAUUCCGAAUUCACAUCCAAUUCCAAGAAAACUUCGGUAAAGAAUUUUGAUCCAUGCAGUGACGAUUACGUGUAUAUGUAUCUGAAUCGACCUGAUGUUCAAGAGGCACUUCAUGCCAAUGUCACCAAACUGCAUUACAAUUGGCAAUCGUGCAGCGACUUUAUCGAAAGAUGGGAAGAUAGUCCAUUAACAAUUAUUCCCCUUCUAAAAGAAUUGAUGGCAAAUGGACUUCAAGUGUGGAUAUUUAGCGGUGACACUGAUGGAGUCGUACCAGUAACUUCUACGAAGUAUUCUAUUAAUCACAUGAAACUUUCAACUAAAACUCCAUGGCGUCCUUGGUUCCUUGGCAGUGAGGUUGGAGGGUAUACACAAGUUUAUAAAGGAGACUUAACAUUUGCUACAGUUAGAGGGGCUGGCCAUCAAGUGCCCAGUUAUCAACCUGCUAGAGCUCUUUCCCUCGUUAAGCACUUCCUUAGUGGGAAACAACUCCCAACUUCUUCAAAACAUUUGGCAUGGUUGAGUCAAGAUCAAAGAGUCGAAGAGGCUGCGAUCAAUAGUGAGGUUUUGGUUUUAACAAGCAUAUCUUUGCCAAUGCUUGAGGUACAUUGUGGUGUCCAAAAUAGACACCCAACGCCUCGGUAUUGGCCGAGGCGCCUAUGGGUCCAGGUGAUUUUCAUUCCAUUGUCAAUGAGGAAGAAUGAAGACGAAGAAGUGGGAUUCAUCACGAUGACCGACGUGGUAGAAGAGGAGCUCAAGCGCGCAAUCAAAGACCACAAGGCCAGAUUUCUACUUCUUUUUUGCCUAUGCUUUUGUCCACUGGCAAUGGCGAAGGCAGUUGCAGUCAAGGAUGAGAUCUACCUUCUAUUUAGCAGCGAAAAGCCUGUGCACGAGGUCCUAGGAUCUUGGCAUUUUGAUUGGCAAAUGACUUUUAUGUGUGUUUAUAUUACUGGUGCAAUUAUAGUUGUGUGA